AUGUGCUCAAGCACGGAUCACGGAGGAACGCUUGCUAUGCAAAGCUCUAGGACGCCCGUUUUCUUACCUCCGCUUGAGAUGAUAACAAACAUCCAGAACAUUAGUGAUCGGUGUUGCAAAUCUCUGGACACCCUACACAGAGGCGACUCUAUAUGGGCCGACACCUCUGAGGCUGAAAAGCAAAGCGCAAAGUUUUUCAAAUGGGUUCUCGAGGCUGAUCCACCUAAGGAAGAAGAAGAAGAAGAAGACGCGCCUUGUUCUCAACACUCGCUUUAUUCUCAAUUACAGAAGGCGCCCGAGUAUGGUAAAGCGAUUUAUGAGCAUCUUGUCGCACUUGAGGAUAAUAUCAAACUUCUCAGAAAGGUCAUCCAAGACCAAAGCAAAUACUUGCUGAUCUCGAUCUUAUGGAACUCUUUCGAAAACACCCUGAGCGCACUCAGGAAUCUCAGCAUGGCUCUUCGCGUAUCGAUCAGUUACAUGUAG